UUGCAUAAAUAUAAAAGAGAAGAAAUUCAAAUAAAUUAACCUCUAUUUUUUGAAAUGUUUAUAUUAAAUCGAAAUGUAGGAAGUUUUAUAUGUCGAAAUUGUUCGAAAAGGGCAUUUCAUACUUCGCCUAUUUUGACCACAUUUUGGGAAAGAGAUGACAAAGGUGGGUACAGAGAUGAAUCAAAAUUGCCCCAGUUAAAGGACAGAUUGAGGGAAGGCCUGAAAGAACUAAAACACGAAGUUGGCUUAUGGAGUGAAGAACUAAAGGAAAGGUUUGAAAAUGAUCCAAUACUGACUUACAGGCCAGGAGAAGUGGAUGUGCAAUGGCAAUUCGGCACAGAAGACUCUUUAAAAAAAUGGUUAGUUACAAGUGAUAGUGAUAAUAACGAAGGCUUUAGUAAAUCUUCCUUGACACUUACAAAGGAAGGAAAAGGCUUAUUUUCUGGAAAUUUAGAUAUGAGAAUUCCAAAGGAUGGUAGAGUAAAAAGAGCUGGAUAUUGUAACAUGAAAACACUUAGAGUCAGGAAAUCAUUUAAGAGGGAAGCCCACAUAGAUUGGACAGCUUAUAAUAUGUUAGUAAUGAGAGUAAGAGGAGAUGGAAGGUCAUAUUUAUUGAAUAUUCAUGCUAAAGGUUAUUAUGACUUAACUUGGAAUGAUAUGUACCACUAUGUCCUUUUUACAAGAGGUGGGCCUUAUUGGCAAGUAGCUAGGAUACCCUUCUCAAAGUUUUAUUUUGGAUCUAAAGGUCGAAUUCAAGAUAGACAGGUUUCGGUUCCUCUAGAUAGAGUAGCUAGUUUUGGAAUCACAGCAGGGGAAAGAUAUGGAGGCGACUUCCAUUUAGAAAUAGACUAUAUUGGAGUAGAAUUUGAUCCUAAUCACAGAGAAGAGUUUGCAUAUGAAAUGUAUAGAACAGCCAAAGGAAUUGCAUCUGUAUAGAACGGUUUUUGAAUACUAUAAACUGUAAAUAAAAUUGUUUCUGUUUAGCAUGUUUUGUAGAAUAUUGCAAUCCUUAAAUUCCACAAACUUUAUUUUUCUUCUACAUUUUUUUUUAUUUUGGAAUAAAAUUAAAAUGUUCUGUAAAUUAAGCAGCUUAGGGAAUCAUUAGAUUUUUUCAUUAAAGUAUAUUCAUGUAAAAAAUAUAUUAAUAAAAAAAAUACAAUCUUUUAACACAUGAGUAGACUGACUAACAAACAAAAUACUGAUAAAAAAAUAAAAAAAAAUCAAACUAUACUGGUAACAGUUAUACAAAAUAGGAGUAAAAUAAUAGAGGUAUGUAUAAAAAUGUUCACUUAGCUUUGAUGGGGAAACUUGGUUUGAUACAAAUAUAAACAACUCAUACUUAAAAUUAUUCAAUCUGAAUCACUGUCGGAUUCAUUAAUAGGCGCCCUGCGUUUCUUUGUAGCAAAUCUAGGCCCUUUAUUUGGUUUUUUAUUUCCUUUACCACCUGUUGAUGUGGAAGUUUCUCCUCCAAAAUCAUAUCUAGCUUUUAACCUUUCUCGGAUUAGUAAACCUUUAAUGAGUUUCUUCCAGUUUGUGUACACUCUCUUUUCUAUUUUUUCGUUUUCUUUCUUUUCAAUCUCUU